CGAAUGUAAAAAUACAGACUUGGUGGACCUGUAGGUAAUUACAGAUCACGACAUGUGAGCAAUUUACUAGGAGCAGACCUACGUCAAGGUCAGUUGAGCACCACUGUCUAUUUAUAAAACGAGACGAGACACCAGACUAGAUGAAAAGAUUUCGGAACCGAGGCGCGCUCUAGAAAAAAGCACAACAAUUUCGGUUUCCCCGAAUCUGUUUCUGUAGUGGUCGUUUUGUCGGUGUGGAAAAAUGGUUGUUGGAGAAGAUGUGUCGUCUCAUCAAUCGAUCCGUCUCAACAAUCGGACCAAUCGAUGGCCACACCCUUAAUAUCCUCAACAUGCUGCCCUUUCGCCCCGCCAAUGUCCACCCCCGCGGCCUCUCAAAUUUCAUGAUUUGUCGUUCAAUAGAAUUCGAACUCUUUGUAGUACGUAGCAGCACUACGUUUCUAUGAUGUUUGUCUUUGUGAUUACCCCAUUUUCGUAUUGAACUUCCGAAGUUGUCAAAUUUAAUAAUCUGAUCCUGAUAUUCUACAGUGUAGGAGUAAAGGACUCUGGAGAUGUAGCUGAUGUAUUGGUGGUCACUGUUCAUCCUGAUUCUUCGUCUAAAAUUAUGCACCAUCAGAUGCAACAUACAGUCCAAGGAGCGCGGCUUUACGGCAGGCGCGCCGUACUUACGAUCGCCCUAGCCGUGGCGCCGUCCUUUGCGCCUUUCUGGGUGAAUGCCAAGAAACAAACUCAAAGUCACGAUGUCAGGGUCAGCCCUGAUGAAGAGUUCGGCACAGGACAAGAAGACUGUGGCAGUACUUGUGCUACUGGCGCUGGUUCCUGUGGAUGCAGUGCAAAGCGCGAAGCUGCUGAACCUCGUCCUCGCCGUUAUUCAUUUCGCGGCCCCGCUAAACAAAAUCGUGGCCACGACUCAGGGAGCGACUUUGGAGUGACUACAACGACGAGAGCAAGUUCUUGCACACCCUCCUCCUCUUGCAUAUCCUCCACAUCAUCUUCGCGUUCGCCUUCGUCCUCUUCCUCUUCGUCUUUCCUUCGUCUGGAAGAACAGCAAAGUCAAAGCUGUCGGAGUUGCGGCGCCGCAUCUACUCCAAAGACGCAACCAAACGCGCCAGAAGUAGAAGAUGUUGCCGACUCGUCGCAGACUAGUACCGCUCGUGAUGAACAAGAAGGACCGAGGCCAGGCGGCCACGGCCAGGAGAACGGAAAAACGAUUAGCGCUGCGGCCUCAAGUGUAUCUGUCGAGGACGACGCAGUUCAGAAACCUUCAGAAGACCCCGCGGCUGCGGGUAGCCAUAAUUCAUUCGAAUCAAUGACACUGUCUAUUGCUAAUGUUGAAGCCUAGUUCCACGAACCGAUCUUCGCAAUGGGUGUCGAUGACAUGAGUUUUAAUCUUGUUACAUUUUUAAUGUAUUGAUUGAUUCUCCUCACCGUAAUACAAACUACCACAGUGGUAAAAAAGCAUGUGGCUGAACCGGUUGUAGCAUCUUCUGCACAAGACGAUGCUCAAGUGGUAAAAACGAAUACGAAUAUGGCUGAACCGGUUGUAGCAUCUUCUGCACAAGACGCCGUUACAGCGGGUAUGAAGGCAACUCCGGUUGCAUCUGAACAAGAAGACAAGUCUCAACGGACGGAGGGCGCAGUCUCGGGCGACUUAGUGCCCGACCAGGUUGCGGGGGACAAUACUCUGCUGAUACCAGCCCAACAAGGGAAGGUCGGAGCAGAUGGAAUACCGCAGUUGGAGAGCCCUUUGCCAAUAAGCUUGGCCAACGGUAGCCUCUUUUCUUUGUGAUGUUUUUACUUUUGCAAAGAAAUGGACGGUCCUUUAAGGACAUAAAAGAACAACUACUGCUCCACUAUUUUUUAGGCUUAUUCAUUGUAUUACGCGCAUGAUCAAGUAGCUCUAGUGCACUCUUUGCUGGGUGAAAAGGUAUACUGAUACAUAAACAUACAGAUUGACAUUGAGAUCGAUAUAAUCUGGAUUGAUCUCAUGUCAUCAUGAGGAGGAAGAUAUUUCUAGAACAAGUCUUCAAAGUAUCAGUUAAACUACUAGUAUAUCACCUCAAUCGAUUCGAUCAACAUAUAAAAUAUAUUUAUUUAUUAAUUCUUGACUUAAAUAGAUUCAUACCAUCAAAAAGCGCAGGUGGAGGACGAGCUGCUUCUCCGCAACCGCAGCAGCAACGACAACGAGCUGGCCCGCAACGCGAUAACAAGCUUGACGGACUUAGGGAGUGUACUCGCCCGAAUAUGUCUGCUUAUCUUGGUAACGGGCAAAUGGGCGAUCUGUUCAAACAGCAUAGCGAUAACUUCAGGCCGGACAACGUAAGUGCCGAUAACCCUAUCAGAGCGGAUACGGGCAAGAGAAUCCCGACCCUAGAAGAGCGCGAAGGCGAAGCGGAUCGAAGAGUUGCGGUACGGCCGCAACCACGUGUGUUUAAUGUCAACGUAAGUGACCGUGAAACAGUGCCUGCAUGUAUGUGGUUCGAGAAGUUAAGGCUAAAUUUUUGUAAUUGAUUCCACCACCGCCUCUGUGGGAUAUUUUUCUGGCCUCGUCCUACUCAUCAAGGAAAUUCAAUGAUAAGGUAACAGACAACUACGUAGGACGAUUCAAAGUCUUUGUUUUCUUCCUUGAAAGAGAAAGAGAGGGAAACUGGACAGAUGAGGCUAUAAUACGGGCUAGAAGAACACCGUCAGAGAUGAAAUUGAAAAGCAAACGCUAUCAUGAUAGACAGUUUCUUCUAAUGAAAGACGAUGGGAAGGGAAACCGAAAAGAAAGAGUGCGAGUAGGCAGAAGCGACACAGUCGGCGGACUCUGGACAGAAAUGCGUCUCCAGAGGUGGUUCAAUCCAGAGGAAGUGGAGUGGAGCGAAAAGGGACCCUGCAGCAGGUCGUUGUCAGUUAAAAACUCAAGUGGCAAAGUCUUAAGGCUGUUAUCUCCAUUAUAACACUCUGAGUCGUGGUCUACUGCACAUUGUGCGAGAUUCAUUAUAGUGUACUCAUGAUCGCGUUUUUUAUGGUUUACAUCUCUGCGUGUCCUGCUCCGCCUCUAUCUAGUUCUAGUAUAGACCUUUGAGUUUGAGCUCUUCUAAAGACAACCAGAACGCGACAAGCAGGAAAGUGUGAGUGGCAGAAGGCGCAGCGCCAGGGUUACGAUGACACCGGUACGUACGGCGCUGGCGAGUGCCAAUACCUAGAGUGUCAGUUUAGCGAGGUGCAGCCGUAGCACCUUUUUCUUGAACUGUCGACGCCUUCGUGUUCAUCAUGUUGUAGCUACUUAUAAAUAUUUAUCAGAUGUUCAAAAGCACUAGCACACCAGGGCUAAAAAUAACAAGAAACAAGAAACAUCAAAAGCUUGAUCCGAUCAUUAAAAAUAAUGAAGCAUACAUUUAUUUAUAUUUAUCAGAUGUUAAAAAAUGAUACAACAGGUUGAAGUUCUUCUAGAAAUUUGGGUUGACGAAGGUGAUGUAUUAGGCGCAUGCUCUUUCAUAAUUAUCUUCAUUGAUUUUGAUCUUCAUGAUCCUGAUAUUGAUUUACGGAAAUCAGAAGAAGAUCUUCUCCUUAUUUUAGAAAACCGUCUACGUGAACGUGAUCCAAGUGAAAAAAUCUAAAAGUAGUUCUCCCAGCAAGUAAAAAGUGACUACUUUCAAUCAAGAAGAAGUAGCGUCGCAUUUAUUACAGUCGUCGAGAUGAGAAAUUCAAAGGCCUUGCAGUUUUCAGUACAACCCUUUGAAGUUUUCAGUACAACGACGGCAGCAGAAAAAUUUUCCUGUCACCAGAUUUCACGGCGCUUGUCGUGCAGGCAUAUCAA